AGUUGCUCGAUCCAGCCGCUGCCAUCCACUUUGUAUUCCGUCCCAUCAGACAAGAAAGUAAGACUCGUUGCUUAGAUGAAGUUCGCCGCUGCCAUCAUGCUCGUCGCACUCCUUACAGCUUUCGUGGUGAUGAUCACUGCAGCCGGCGAGAGAAAUGACGAGGCGCGUACGGGAAGUGGUUAUGGCUCUGGAUGCCCUGACCCCAGUGCCUGCACCACAAGCUGCAAAGCCCAGGGUUUCCUCUUGGGCGUAUGCCUCCAACCUCUACUGCAAGUCUGUCUGUACAAUAAAGUCAGACUCGUUGCUGAGAUGAAGUUCACCGCUGCCAUCAUCCUCGUCGCACUAAUUACAGCGUUCGUGGUGAUGAUCACUGCAGCCGACGAGAGAAAUGACGAGGCGCGUACGGGAAGUGAUUAUGGCUCUGGAUGCCCAGACCCCAGUGCCUGCACCGCAAGCUGCAAAGCCAAGGGUUUCCUCUUAGGCGUGUGCCUCCAACCUCUACUGCAAAUCUGUUUGUGUACGUAAAUUUGUUGAAGUCGAUGACUGACUGGCAAUAAAGCUCGCUUGCACAUCUGGU